AUGGGAGACCAUUUACCCUCGAGCUCUUCAAAAAAGCGAAUCCUAAGUGAUACUGAACUGGGAGGGGGUAUUCGCAAGGUUGCCAAAGUCCAUCCAUUCUUCACCAAAUCGAAAACCACCAGCGGAGUGGGAACGGGAGACUUUCAGUGGUUAUCCUCCCUCGGUUCCAAUGGCUCUUGUCUUCAUGGCGUCAAUCUCAACCCGAAGAGCUCGAGCAAAGUCGCCAUCUUUGAUUUGGAUGGCACGCUGAUAAAGUCAGAAUUCCACAACAAGCUAUUGCAUGGAAAGCCUGCCUGGGAAUGGUGGAAGCUGAACGUUCCAUCGAAGCUAGCAGAGCUCCAUACAUCCGGUUAUGCUUUGGUCAUCGUCACGAAUCAAGCUAUCAAACCUGCUGCUAUGAAUAUCUGGAGGCAAAAGAUUCCUCAAUUAGCAGCUGUGCUAAAUCUCCCUUUUCGAAUAUUUGUUGCCGUGGCGAAGGACGAAUAUCGCAAACCUAUGCCUGGGAUGUGGAACGAGUUGGACCGUAUCUUCAAUGAACAGGGCACAAAAAUUGACAAAGGAUGUUCUUUCUUUGUGGGUGAUGCGGCAGGACGUCAUUAUAAUGGGAAGCGAUCAGAUUUCUCGAGUUCAGACCGCAAAUGGGCGCACAACGUUGGUCUCAAUUUUUUUACUCCCGAAGAAUAUUUUCUGGGGCAACCGACAUAUACAAACUUUGAGCUGCCAGGCUUUCAUGUUUCAUCAAUUCCUGAGUUGCCCCUUAUAACGCCAACAUCGUCACCUCUCCUCCCAACUCCACUCAAACAAGAGAUCGUUUUGUUUGUUGGAUACCCUUGUCUUGGAAAGACUUCUUUUUUUCGUAGACAUUUUCUAUUACAAGGGUAUGAACACAUCAAUCAAGAUAACUUGAAAACACGCGACAGAUGCAUUAAAGCUCUGCAAUCUGCUUUAGGGGGGGCAAGAAGCUGUGUUAUAGAUAACACAAACCGCGAUGUCUCAACUCGCGCGCACUAUAUCAAUGUCGCAAACGCUCACAAGGUCCCCAUCAGAUGCAUCUUGUUUGUGGGAUCGUGUGAACUAGCUUGGCAUAACAAUUUAUAUCGUGCAUACAACUUACCUCCAGCAGUCGCUGCGAGGGAGUUAUUGCCUUACAUGGCAUUUACCAGUUUUCGAGACAACUACGAGGAGCCCCAGAGCGACGAAGGGUUCGCCGAAAUCAAGAAAGUCAAUUGGGUUUUUGAAGGUUCAGAAGAAGAGAAACGUUACUGGUCUAUGUGGCUUCAGAUAGACGGUAAAUGA